AUGCCCCACAGCUGCCGCGACCGCCAUCUAAAGUGCGUCUUCGAGCCCGACGCAACGCGCUGCCGCAAGUGCACCGAGACCGAGCGCGCAUGCGUGCGCGGCCUGACCAUCCGCUUCAGGCCCGUGACGACGGUGCGCGAGAAGCGCGCCGGCAAGCGGGGUGGUAGGGGCGAGGGCGGGCGAUGCAGGAAUCGUGAACUCAGUUUCGCGGGGAGCCAGACGUGGGUGAAGGUGCCGCCGACAGUUACGUUUGCGCCGGUGGCAUCGAGACUCGAGGACUUGGAUGACGAGACGCACGAGGAUGACGGGGCCGGCGUGUCCACGCCUGAAGAGCAGGACGCGACAUCCCUGCCGGACAUAAGCGCAACGGCGCCGGCACCGGAGCACAGUAACACUGCGACGGACUCGCCGCUCAGCAGCCUCACGAGCAGCGCAGCAACGUGCGCGCCGCCGGGGUCCAUCAGUGCGCUGCUGAACAUAGAGAGCCACCACUCACCGCUGAAUGCCUUUCCCGCAGUGAGCACAAGUAGUGCUGCGCACAACGACCUCACUACCUACGGGCCACAUCUCCCUCUCCAACAAGAGACAAGUUCGGCGCCGUCGCCACCACCGCAAACCACCGCGGCGGCGGAGGAGAGCUUCUGGAAGCCCGUGUCGCCGCUGUACCGCUUCUCGACCGGAUGGCCAUUCAAGAGCCGCCACGAGGCGCGCCUGUUCAAGCAUUAUGUGGACCACCUAUCCGUUUAUGUGGAUUGCUGCGAUGACGAGGCAAAAUUCGCGCGAGUGGUACCGCAGCGCGCCGUGAACUACCCGGUGCUGAUGAACGCGAUCCUCGCGCUGUCGUCGCGGAGUCUGAGCAGGGUCAAUGGCACCGAGGACGUUGAUUCGCCGCGCUAUCUGACCCAGUGCUUGGAGAUCUUGAUACCUGUUCUGGAUGACCCCCUGGAGUCGCUCGAUGAAAAUCUCCUGGCGGCUAUUGUUAUCUUGCGUCUUUACGAGGAAGCUGACGAUAUUGACGAGAAAUGCCAUCUGUACGGCGGGACACGGUUACUCAACUCGAUUGCCCAAUUCGUCCCAAUGGGCGGGCUCGGCGAAGCGGCCAGCUGGAUAUUCCUGCGGCAAGACAUCUACGUCUCGCUUACGACGGGACAGCCACUCAACAUCGACCUAACCAACUACCUUUCAUCACAAGCCUUCCAAAAGGACACGCCCGGCUCAUGGGCGAACCGGAUGGUGUUCGUAUUCGCCAAGAUCCUGAACUACGCGUGCCAGCAGGAGGAAGCGCCGUCGAAGAAAAAGUGGCAGCAGUUACACGAAGAGGUGGAGACAUGGAACAGGAUGAAGCCGUGGCACUUCCGCCCGCUCUGGGCAAGACGGCCCGAGGGCGAUACGGCGCCUUUCCCCGAGGUGUGGAUGACGCUGCCGGCUCACGUGGUUGGCCAGCAGCAUUACAAUAUGGCGAGCAUUCUGCUCGCGACGUGCGAUCCCCAGCUGUCGAGGCUAGGGUUCAAUGGGCACAAAUCGAGGAAGGUGACCGAGGCGGCGAUCGUGCAGAAUCUGAAGGCCAUUGUGGGCUUGGCUAUCGGAAACGGCGGCGUGGCAGCGGCUACCUUCCACGCGUCACAUAUCCUAUGCGCAUUUGGCUCGUACCUAGAAGACCCAGCGGACCGCGAGGCGGCAGUGGCGUUCUUGGAGAGCGGCAUGACGGACAAGAUCGGCUGGCGGGCUGUGCGUAUCAUCGAGAGCUUGAGAGAUCAAUGGAAGAUUUGA